AUGUCUUUCUCUAAGAUCUUCACUCUCGCCGCUGCGACCUUCGCGCUGACGGCCUCGGCCCUCCCCGUCGCUCCUCGCGCGUCCAGCGGCGCCGUUGAGAUCAAGAACAACCUGGCCGAGCCAGUUUACCUGUGGUCUGUCUCCGACACGGCCAACGCGAUGCAGACGCUCGCCCCAGGCGCCUCCUACACCGAGGCGUGGCGCAUCAACCCCAACGGCGGCGGCGUCUCCAUCAAGCUGUCCGCCGUGUCCGACACCGCGUCCGUGCUGCAGUUCGAGUACACCAAGUCCGAGUCCGACAACGUCCUCUACUGGGACCUGUCGUCCAUCGACCUGCACGCCCAGUCGUCGCUCAUCAACGCCGGCUUCGGCGUCACCAUCGACGACGCCAGCUGCCCCAUCGCCACCUGUGCGCCGGGCGAUGCCAACUGCGCCGAGUCGUACCAGUUCCCGGAUGACCACAACACCCGUGCCUGUGGCGCGAACGCUGCCUUUACCCUGAACCUGGGCUAA